AUGAGUUAUCAUCAGGGGGCUGAGGGUGGUGCCAUCUCUAAAGAAAGACAGAAGGAUGGGUCACCAAACAAGGAUCUUGAUGAGACCAUGGAUCCUGAUAUGAGGUAGGCGUGUGUGUGUGUGUGUGUGUGUGUGUCCGUCGAUUGGAGCACGUUGCACUUCUAAUGUUGACAUCUGAUGUAGUUAUCAGGAUAACUGUUUAUUAUAGUAAUUAUCAUGAUAACUAUUAUAGUAAUUAUAAGGAUAACCGUGUAUUAAAGUAAUUAUCAGGAUAACUGUGUAUUAAAGUAAUUAUCAGGAUAACUGUGUAUUAUAGUAAUUAUCAGGAUAAUUGUUUAGUAUAGGAAUUAUCAGGAUAACUGUUUAUUAUAGUAAUGAUCAGAAUAACGGUUUAUUAUAGUAAAUAUCAGGAUAACUGUUUAUUAUAGUAAUUAUCAGGAUAACUGUUUAUUAUAGUAAUUAUCAGGAUAACUGUUUAUUAUAGUAUUUACUGACAUAACAUGGUAUAGUAAUAGAUUAAAUUGGAAAAUGCAAUUGGAAAAUGAUAAUUCAAUUCCAACUGUAUGCUGUUUCCAGUCAGAUAAUGGUGGAACUCAGUUUCCCCUAAUUUAACCCCUGCAGUAUGCACUGUAGUCUUUCAUUUCAAUCAAACUAAUACUCUAUUUGUGUUCACCACAGGGGUUGGAACCGAAAUUAUUUUCCAAUCGUUUCUUUCUGAACAGAACCACAAUAUUUUAGUUCCGUUCCACCAUUCCGACCAGCAUAAUAAAGUUCUGAAUAGGUUCGAGUGAGAGAAAAGUACCAGUUUAUAUAAUUCCUUUCUGUUCCUUUUUGAACUUGUGAAGUUAACAUCGUUUUUACAUUUAGCUCAUUAAAUUACUCCACCAGUCAGUGCAGAUAGAGCAGCUUUGUAUGGACCGGGCAAGCUAGUUUACAUCCUUGAAUGACAGACAAGUGUAGGGUGCGAGAUGUGACUUACAUUUUGCGGGAUGGAGAGAGAGUGAGAGAGAGGGGUGCUGCCUUGAAGUGCUCGGCAUUAUAAUGUGUUUAGGAUAUAAGUAGUAGGCCUAUCAUUACUUCACUGAAUUACAUCAUUCUAUGCUAGCUAGAUGCAGUGCCUUCAGAAAGUAUUCAUACCCUUUGACUUAUACCCCAUUUUGUUGUUAUAGCCUGAAUUCAAAAUGGAUUACAUUGAUUUUUGUUCUCACGGAUUUGCACACAAUACACAAAAUGACAAAGUGAAAACAUGUUUUUUAGAUUUUUUUUGCAAAUGUAUUGAAAAUUGAAUACAGAAAUAACUCAUUUACGGUGCAUUCUGAAAAUAUUCGGACCCCUUGACUUUUUCCACAUUUAGUUAUAUUACAGCCUUAUUCUAAAAUUGAUUAAAUUGUCCCCCCCCCCCCCCCCCCCCCCCCCCCCCGUCAAUCUACACACAGUACCCCCAUAAUGACAAAGCAAAAACAGGUUUUUAUAACUUUUUUCAAAUGUGUUUAGGGUUAUUGUCCUGCUGAAAGGUGAAUUCAUCUCCCAGUGUCUGGUGGAAAGCAGAUUGAACCAGGUUUUCCUCUAGGAUUUUACCUGUGCUUAGCUCCAUUCGGUUUCUUUUUUAUCCUGAAAAACUCCCCAGUCCUUAACGAUUGCAAGCAUACCCAUAACAUGAUGCAGCCACCACUAUGCUUGAAAAUAUGGAGAGUGGCAUAUUUAUGAACCAAACAUAACACUUUGUAUUCAGGAAAAAAGUUAAUUGCUUUUCCACAUUUUUGGCAGUAUUACUUUAGUGCCUUGUUGCAAGCAGAAUGCAUGUUUUGGAAUAUUUUUUAUUUUGUACAGGCUUCUUUCUUUUCACUCUGUCAAUUAGGUUAGUAUUGUGGAGUAACUACAAUGUUGAUGCAUCCUCAGUUUUCUCCUAUCACAGACAUUGAACUCUGUAACUGUCACCAUUGGCCUCAUGGUGAAAUCCCUGAGUGGUGUUCUUCCUCUCUUGCAACAGAGUUAGGAAAGAUACCUGUAUAUUUGUAGUGACUGGGUGUAUUGAUACACCAUCCAAAGUGUCUGUUUGUUUUUUUACCCACCUACCAAUGGGUGCCCUUCUUUACGAGGCAUUGGAAAACCUCCUUGGUCUUUGUGGUUGAAUCUGUGUUUGAAAUUCAAUGCUCGACUGAGGGACCUUACAGAUAAUUAUAUGUGUGGGGUACAGAGAUUAGGUAGUCAUUAAAAUAUCAUGUUAAACACUAUUAUUGUACACAGAGUGAGUCCAUGUAACUUAUUAUGUGACUGGUACUCCUGAACUUAUUUAGGCUUGCCAUAACAAAGGGGUUGAAUACUCAAGACAUUUCAGCUUUUCAUUUUUAAUACAUUUGUAAAACUUUCUAAAAACAAAUUCCACUUGGACAUUUUAAAUUCAGGCUGUAAUAAAACAAAAUGCAUAAAAAGUCAAGGGGUGUUAAUACUUUUUGAAAGCACUAGCUACGGAGGAGCGGCAAAUAUUGGGGGUACUUUGAACGUCCAAGAGUUGGCUCAACACUGAGGCUAUCUCAACGCCCUGGACCAGAGCUAGCCAACAAGCUUGUGUGUGCAGCGGCACCAGAAUUCAAAAUGAGUCUAACCUUUUUGUUACAUUCAAUGUGAAACGUGAUAACUAUAGUAUCCUUAACUAGCCUAGAAAACUAGCUGGCAGGCAGACACUGGAAACAGAAGUUCCUGUGUGACAGAGUAAGUGCUUUGCAUAGGCGCUUUGAUGGCAUUUUUCCCCAAGAACAUUAUUAACCGGUUCCCAUGCUUUUAAAAUAAUGGUUCUGUUUCGGAACAGUAGAAAAUACUUUUGUUCCCGAUUUUUGUUUAUGUUCCUCAAAAAUGUUUUUGUUCCUUUACGGUUUUCUGUUCUGUUCCCUGAACUGUUCCAACCCCUGUUUCACUAUCAGAAAGUUCUCAAACGCUAAAGCUGCAGUAAAAAUCUUCUCUGUUCACAGUGUCCAUGUGCAUAAAAUAGACUUUCCUACACCCAGCUGGGAGUCCUCUAGAACACUGGAGAGUACAGGAGAACUAAGGUGCUUCAACUUAUUUUUUGUUGUUUGUCUCAUUAGUUAUUUCUUGAUUACCUAACAAUUCACCUUUUUUAUGUUCACAGAAACAAUUUGAAGCAUCUCCAGCUACGUACAGAUAGUCAUAUGUCUAUGAGUGGCCAGAGUGACCAGUCAGUGAAUUCAAGCAUAGACCCAACUGAUGGUGGAGACCAAAUCAUGGAUGGAAGGUAAACCAGUACAACCUAUGCAGAGUAGUAAAGCUGUAUGUCAUGUGUAUCAUGUACUGUAUAUGUUUAUGGUAUGUUCAAUUGAAUUGUGGGACGGUCUUUUGUUGCUUGCAGGGUCCAUCUGGAGAGACCAGUGUCACCAGCCCCCAGUUAUCUAUCAAUGAAGAGUGACCAAUCAAUGCUUAACCCUCCUGGAUUCAAGGAGGGAGAAUUAACUAAAAAAGAGGGGUGAGAUAAUACAUUUUAUUUAUGGCAUUUUAUCCAAUUUGAUGUCACUAAUUAAUGAAUUUACUUUUGCUUAUAGUAGGCUAUAAUUGGUAACUUACUUUAUGUGCAGUAGAAUAUAGCAGAGUAACCAAUUAUAUUGUUAUUAUCCUAUUCAGGUCUAUAGAAAAGGAUUUUGUGCAUUCUGUGUCUGCCACAAGAGGUCCCCACUUGCCUUGUUAUGACAGUGUCUUCAGGAUUUCAGUUUGUUUUUGUCAUAGUUGCAGGCCAAAAUGCUUGAUUCUCUGCUUCGACAAUAAUUACAUUUUGCAACAAUGAUUUUGUGCAAUUUGUCACGAAAAUGCGCUGACAAGGGAAAACGUUUGUUGACGUGUUGCUUGAUUUAACCAUUUUAUGCAGUAAAAGUGUGGUGAUUGGUUAAAAUUGUGAGCCCUCUUUUUAAGUGCGUUGAUCGGACAGUUAUAUGCAGUAAUAUUGCAAUGAUUUGAGUGUUUUAUGCGGUAAUAGAGCGUUUGUUUACAUUUCGCAUAAUAUGCAGGAAAUAUUUGAUUUAGCAAAAAAGAUUGUGAACGCAGAAUAACUAAAUCCUGGAAGGACUGUAGGUUGUUUCUUCUGUAAGAUCGCGCUAGAGAUUUCAGGCAGUUGAGAACAGCAAGCAAACUUUAGCUAUGAAGACAGAAUAACAAAACUCCUAAUUAACACAAUUUUAAGCUUUAUUUCAAGGUAAGCAAGUCACCAUUGACCUCAAACUAAUAGUUGAAUGUUCUGAGUGUUUAUGUGAAGUUUAAUUUGAUCUAGCAUGCAAUGCUUACGUUAGCGUUAACCAGCUAGCAAACAAUUAGCUAACGUUAUCUAGUUACCUAGCAACAGACUUGCCAGCUGUAUAUGGAAACAAUUGAUUGUGUGUCUGCGAGCAGGGGUUGUGAGAGAGAGCUUUCAAUUUUGUGCAGAUAUGGGAUAUACAUUUUAAAAUAAAUUAUUUAUUAUUGUCCUAUCAUGAUUGAACGGUCCCCAACCCUAUACCCUAGACACCCACCUGAGCGACCCCAUACACUAAGGAGAAGUCCUUAUCUGUUUAAUGGGCCUACUGUAAGUAGCCUAUGCGCAGCCAAAACAUAAAGAUGAAUGUGGUCAGAGACCUACUAAAGCAGCACCGCCCCCUCAAGAUUCUGAGCCUGCCUGCCAGAGUUGGUCCUACAAAGCCAGAGCCCCCUGAUGGGUGAGCAGAAUAAUACAAGGAAUUUCUCAAAGCUGCUAAUGAGAACUUGCCGGUAGGGAUUGCAUUGGGGUGCCCCCACCCAGGUAGUGGCAGUGCUGGCAACACUAGGUGCAGUAAUCCAUGGGGAGGGGGUCACACUCUGACAAUUAGAGAGGGGGCAAAUUAUUGUGGCCCUGGUGGCACAAAAUAAUCAAAGGUCUGACUGCACAGAGAUGCUUGGGAAAAUGGUUACAACGGGGGACCAGCGUGUGUGAGUUUCAGGGGAAGGGGGUGAAUCUGAUCUCCAUCAGCUAGGACUUGACAUUGGUUAAUCAAAUCUUUCAAAUGUUGCAAAUGUUUGCAACAUUUUGCAUGCCUUCUCAAAGUUGGGCUCGGGGAUGGAACAACUGUUGAACAUCUGAGCUUGUGGUUGUUUGUGGUGGAAAAAGGUUGUGUGUGUAUGAUUAUGUGUGUGUGUGUAUAUGUAUCCCACAUCUGUUGCUAUGGGGUAAUGAGUUAGGGACAAUAUAGGAUGAAUCAAAAUAAUUGUUUGCUAAAAGAAUAAUUGCUUGCAAAAAAUGAGAAUUUUGUAAUGGCAAUCCUGGAUAUAGGUAACAAUCCUUCUCAUGAACUGCCUACAUUAUAACGCAUAUUAUUCAUUAAUUAGGGAAAUUAAGAUCCGCACCAUUUUAUAUAUAUACAGUACCAGUCAAAAGUUUGGACACACCUACUCAUUCAAUGGUUUUUCUUUAUUUUUUACUAUUUUCUACAUUCUAGAAUAAUAGUGAAGACAUCAAAACUUUGAAAUAACACAUAUUAUGUAGUAACCACCCUUUGCCUUGAUGACAGCUUUGUACACUCUUGGCAUUCUCUCAACCAGCUUCACCUGGAAUGCUUUUCCAACAGUCUUGAAGGAGUUCCCACAUAUGCUGAGCACUUGUUGGCUGCUUUUCCUUCACUCUGCGGUCCAACUCAUCCCAAACCAUCUCAAUUGGAUUGAGGUCGGGUGAUUGUGGAGGCCAGGUCAUCUGAUGCAGCACUCCAUCACUCUCCUUCUUGGUCGUAUAGCCCUUACACAGCCUGGAGGUGUGUUUGGUCAUUGUCCUGUUGAAAAACAAAUGAUAGUCCCACUAAGCGCAAACCAGAUGGAAUGGAAUAUCGCUGCAGAAUGCUGUGGUAGCCAUGCUGGUCAAGUGUGCCUUGAAUUCUAAAGAAAUCAUUGACAGUGCCACCAGCAAAGCACCCCCACACCAUCACACCUCCUCCUCCAUGCUUCACGGUGGGAACCACACAUGCGGAGAUCAUCCGUUCACCUACUCUGCGCCUCACAAAGACACGGCGGUUGGAACCAAAAAUCUCCAAUUUGAACUCAUCAGACCAAAGGACAGAUUUCCACCGGUCUAAUGUCCAUUGCUCGUGUUUCUUGGCCCAAGCAAGUCUCUUCUUCUUAUUGGUGUCCUUUAGUAGUGGUUUCUUUGCAGCAAUUUGACCAUGAAGGCCUGAUUCACGCAGUCUCCUCUGAACAGUUGAUGUUGAGAUGUGUCUGUUACUUGAACUCUGUGAAGCAUUUAUUUGGGCUGCAAUCUGAGUGCAGCUAACUCUAAUGAAUUUAUCCUCUGCAGCAGAGGUAACACUGGGUCUUCCUUUCCUGUGGCGGUCCUCAUGAAAGCCAGUUUCAUCAUAGCGCUUGAUGGUUUUUGCGACUGCACUUGAAGAAACUUUCAAAGUUAUUGACAUUUUCCAGAUUGACUGAUAUUCAUGUAUUAAAGUAAUGCUGGACUGUUGUUUCUCUUUGCUUAUUUGAGCUGUUCUUGCCAUAAUAUGGACUUGGUCUUUUACCAAAUAGGGCUAUCUUCUGUAUACCACCCCUACCUUGUCACACAACACAACUGAUUGGCUCAAACGCAUUAAGAAGGAAAGAAAUUCCACAAUUUAACUUUUAAGAAGGCAUACCUGUUAAUUGAAAUGCAUUCCAGGUGACUACCUCAUGAAGCUGGUUGAGAGAAUGCCAAGAGUGUGCAAAGCUGUCAUCAAGGCAAAGGGUGGGCUACUUUGAAGAAUCUCAAAUAUAAAAUAUAUUUUGAUUUGUUUAACACCUUUUGAUUACUACAUGAUUCCAUAUGUGUUAUUUCAUAGUUUUGAUGUCUUCACUAUUAUUCUACAAUGUAGAAAAUAGUAAAAAUUAAGAAAAACCCUGGAAUGAGUAGGUGUGUCCAACAAAGUACUGAUUCAAGGGAUUUAAUACUUAUGUAAAUUUGAUAUUUCAGUUUUUCCUUUUUUAUAAAUGAGCAAACAUUUCUAAAAACCUGUUUUUGCUUUGUCAUUAAGGGGUAUUGUGUGUAGAUCGAUGAGGAAAAAAAACAAUUUAAUACAUUUUAGAAGAAGGCUGUAACGUAACAAAAUGUGAAAAAUGUCAAGGGGUCUUUAAUACUUUCCGAAAGCACUGUAUGUAUGUAUGUACAGUGCCUUUGGAAAGUAUCCAGACUGAAAAUUGAUUCAAAUUGAUUAAAUAAAUGUUUUUCCUCAUAAAUAUACAUACAACACCCCAUAAUGACAAAGCGAAAACAGGUUUUUAGCAAUUCCAAAUGAGGGGUGAUAGAUUGACUUUAUUCAUUUUGAUGUCAAUUCCAAUGAAUUAAUUGUUUUUUGUUCUGUUAUAUCCACCUCUCAUAGUGUUGAUUUACUAUUCUUUUCAAAGGAGACUUUGUUCAAAAGGAUUUGACCCCUAACCUCACGUCCCCAACCCUGACCUUAAGUCUAAACCUUUAACCUUAAUCCUAAACUUAACCAAUUUCAAUACCUAAGCCCUAAUCCUAACCUUUGAAUCUGCCGGUCAAAUAUGCACCUACUUUAUGGCAUUUUCUUGAAGUUAAUAUCAAUACUAAUUGGUUGACUUUUGAUGCUUCUACUCCUCAAAGUUAUGAAUUACUCUAUUCUACUGUACUUUCAGUGUCCUUCUGGAGAGAGCAGAGUCACCAACUCUGAGUUAUGCAUCAGCAAAAAGUCACCAGUCACUGAAUACGGAUGAAGAAGACGAGGAGGUGAACUCAGCUCAAAAAGAGAAGUAAGAUCAUACAUUUUAUUUAGGCAGAGGCUGUGCGACCGAAUCAGACUUUUCUUACCCAGAGGCACAAAACGAAUCACGUUCUGCGCAUGUGUUAGAUGCUGUGAGACAUGUGAGCUGAGACAGGAUCAGAGACAUGCGAGCUGAGACAGGAUCAGAGACAUGCGAGCUGAGACAGGAUCAGAGACAAUAUCACCGCCGGGAACAUCUUCGCUAAAUAUUUUCCUCUGCAGACUUCAUGAGAAAUAUUAUAAAAUUGGUAUUGGUAACCAUCUGGAUUUCACCGGGAUAAAGUAUAUUCAGUGGGGAUAGCAUGCACGGCAAGUCAGGUCACAAUGUCUUUUGUGGGGGUCCACCCACCGUUGAAUAGUUCUGUUAACAUCAUGGUGAGGAAAGUGCUAGCUAGCUACUGUAGCCAAUUAAUCAAGGUGACAGCUAAAGCACAAGCAACAGUGGUUGCUAGGUUGUGGUGAUAUUUAACAGAAAAUGUACAAGUAUGGCAUUAACAUUGUAUCACAAAGUUAUUUUUAUUUUUUAAAACUUCAACACUUAACUAACUAUCCCAAUUUAACACACACACACACACACACACACACACACACACACACACACACACACACACACACACACACACACAGGAGAGGGAAGUGGCAGUGUUGGUAGCAAAAAAUGAUAAAGUAGAGAAUCCUGCACAUAUGCAGAAGGUUAGUUGUGUUUGCUAUUGGGAAGAGGCACACAAUGUUUUUAGCAACCCAGCCACUCCAUUUUAUUCAUGAACUCAUGGAUAGCAUUUUUAUGUCUCUGCGUGCAGUUUGAAGGAAGUUGAAGGUUGUUUUGUGAGCCAUUGCUAACUAGCAUUAGCGCAAUGACUGGAAGUCUACAGACAACUUGCAAUUGCACUAAUGUUAGUUAGCGUCUUCCUUCAAACUGCACACAAAGACAAACAAUUGUUAUCCAUGAGUUUGUUUAACUCUGGGUAAGUAUAAAAAGGGCUUAAUUGCCCAAAUAUCGCACUAUCCCUUUAAGAAAGAUAGGCCUACACGUUUCCUAAGAGUUUUUGGAAUUAAGCACAUGGCAGUUUUUGGUAUUCAGACUUAUGCGGGCGUGCAACAAGCUCUUUUGGGGUCUUUAUUACGGGCCAUGAAUAAUUUGGAUUCAACAUUAAAACUCCCACCGACUCGUGGCGGACAAGUUUGGAGUUAACAAUUUCCAGUUAAUAUACCAGAACCAAACCAGUUACGGGUCAUCUUUCAUUGAAAAUGACUCGGCACAAGCAGAGUAGUCUCUGUAGACAGACAGGUUACCUCCCACAAUGUACCAAUGUUCCAGCCUACACGUCUGUACUAAAACCAACGUCAGUUUGGCAGAGAGGAAAGGGCGGAGUUGGGACAUCCUUCCAGAGCCCUAUCCGUUCAUGUCCUGCCGUAAACAUUUCCGGUAGCUAGAUGGAGCUCGCAGAGGAUAUUUUCAAUGAGGGAAUUUUCGCAAGUGAGUUGUUUGCAUGCACCAUGACGUUAGCGUUACAAGCUUACAACCACUGGCUGGCUGUGUCUAAAACUAGCCUAGCUAUUUGCGCCUGCAUUGAGAACCCAAUUCAGGGUGUUUCUUGAUAUCAGAAAAUGCCCAUUGGUGCUGCCUAUCACGCUAGCAAGGUUUUCUUGAGGGCUUGAAUGCAGCCCGCGAAGCGAUUAGCCCUUGUGGGUGGGACCGCGGAUUGUCCUGGGUUAUGGCUGUCUAGAUUCCUGCUGUUUGUUGCUGUUUCCAUCUUCCCUGCGACCUGCCAUGUCUGGAACUGCGAGGAGUAACAGCGUAGGCUACGUUGCUACCAUGAUAAAGACCAAAUCCGUUUGGAGUUGAGGACAGUGGUGUCUCUCUAUCACAGGGGAGGGAUCUUUUCAACGAACAAAAAUAGUUCUACAAGCAGUUGUUACGACAACAAGAAAUUAGCUUCAAGUGUUGUGUCCAAAUACUGGUGGAGUCAACUAAUAAAAAAUGGAUGACCUUGUAGCAACUGACAGUGGUGGAAAAAGUACCCAAUUUUCAUACUUGAGUAAAAGUAAAUGUAAUUGCUCAAAUAUACUUAAGUAUCAAAAGUAAAAGUAUAAAUCAUUUCAAAUUCCUUAUAUUAAGCAAACCAAAUGGCACAAUUUUCUUGUUUUUUAAAUUACGGAAAGCCAGCGGCACACUCCAACACUCAGACAUAAUUUACAAACAAAGCAAAGCAUUUGUGUUUAGUAAGUCUGCCAGAUCAGAGGCAGUAGACUAUUUUUCUGUCCUGCUAAGCAUUGAAAAUGUAACAAGUACUUUUGGGUGUCAGGGAAAAUGUAUGGAGUAAAAAGUGUGCAAGUCUGUUGUGGCAGUGGAUACAAAUGCAGAGUGUUUCUCAAGUGUAUGACACUUAGUAUGCAUGAUAUUAAAGAAAAUUGUGUUUCUAUGUUGUUAUUACAUUAUUGGUUUAAGUUAUUACAUGAUUGAUGAAAAAAGGUGACCCACUUUAUAAUGUAAUAAUCAACGCAAAUGUAAUAUAAUUAUUAUUAUUAUUACAUUAAGCACAAAAACAUUAUUACAUUAUGCGUUCAGAAUAUUUAUUACAUUAUUGGCAAUUUAUUACAUUAUCAGCAUUUAUUACAUUAUAAAUGCAAAAGUUAUUACGUUAUUAGCAGGUAUUAAAUUAUUGGCAGUUAUUACAUUAUCAGUUGCUACAAAGAGGUCCAGGACCAGAGAGGUCCAGGACCUGAAGAACAGUUUGCAGUUCUCCCAGGGUCAGCUCGAUGAGUUUAAACAGGAGAAUGGCAAGAUGACAGCAAUAUGUAAGUCAUUGAGAGAGGACAUCAGUUCCGUAAGUGAAUCCAUGAUAACAAUGAUGGAGAAGUCAGAUUAUCUUGAGGGACAAUCAAGGCGGAACAACGUUGUUGUGGACGGAAUUGCAGAAUCUCCACGAGAAGUGAGGGAAAUUAUCUCAGAGAAACUGAAGAUGGACCACAGGAAGAUUGAGGUGGAGCGCACCAACAGGACUGGAAAACACACCACCGUCCCAGGUGAUAAGCCCAAUAGUGAUCACAUUUCUGAAUUUCAAUGAAAAGGUAGCUGUUCUGGAAAGAGCCAAGAACUUGAGAGGAACGUACAUCUUCCUCAAUGAGGACUAUCCUGAAGCUGUGCGCCAGAAGAGGAAAGAACUUAUCCCAGCCAUGAAAGCUGCCAGAGCGCGUGGGGACAUUGCUUACAUACGCUAUGACAGGCUCAUUGUCCACCCUCCCUCCCAAAAGCCUGGAAGGGAGUAGAGAGCCAAGCCUAUGGGUUCGUAGCUUCAACCCCGCAGCACACACACACACUUAUACACACCAACUGAUUAAUGGACUGCUGAAUAUUUGUUUUUCUCUUGCUUUGUUUGUUCUUUUCCAUAUUAUGUCUAUCUCUGAUAAGCUACCCAGGAAAGGGCUGAAAAUGGCCCAUAUUAAUAUAUGUAGCCUUAGAAAUAAGGUUAAUGAAGUCAAUAACUUGCUAACAUCAGAUAACAUUAAUAUAUUAGCCAUUUUUGAGGACUUACUUAGAUAAUUCCUUUGAUAGUACAGCAGUAGCAAUACAAUGAUAUAACAUCUAUAGGCGAGACAGGAAUGCUUAUAAGGGAGGUGUUGGUGGAUACAGUGGCUUCAGAAAGUAUUCACGGGGGGCCAGUAUGAAAAAUGUAUGCUGUAGCGUUAAGAUUUCCCUUCACUGGAACUAAGGUGCCUGAACCAUGAAAAACAGCCCCAGACCAUUAUUCAUCCUCCACCAAACUUUACAGUUGGCACUAUGCAUUAGGGUAUGUAACGUUCUCCUAGCAUCUCUGCUUCUUCCAGAGGCAGUUUGGAACUGGGUAGUGAGUGUUAUAACCGAGGACAGACAAUUUUUACGCGCUUCAGCACUCCGCGUUCCCUUUCUGUGAGCUUGUGUGGCCUACCACUUUGCAGGUGAGCUGUUGUUGCUCCUAGACGUUUCCACUUCACAAUAACAGCACUUACAGUUGCCUGGGGAAGCUCUAGUAGGGCAGAAAUUUGACAAACUGACUUGUUGGAAAGGUGGCAUCCUAUGAUGGUGCCACGUUGAAAGUCACUGAGCUCUUCAGUAAGGCCAUUCUACUGCCAAUGUUUGUCUAUGGAUAUGGCUGUGUGCUCGAUUUUAAACACCUGUCAGCAACUGGUGUGGCUGAAAUAGCCGAAUCCACUCAUUUGAAGGGGUGUCCACAUACUUUUAAAUACAUAGUGUAGCUCUAAUGGUUCAAAAAUAUAUAUAUAACGAACAAAACAGCUGCCUGAUGAUCUCCAAAUCCAACAAGUUUAAUUUCCUGAACGACUUACUGUAACUCACUUUACUUCAGAAGACAAGACCUUCAAUCCCAUAAUAUGUGGUCACUUACAUUUCCAUGGAAACUCCUACCAGACACAAGUGCAGUGGCCAUCUUGUUUUGAUCCUUGUUUUAUCCUCUAGGGGAGUCGACGGAAAAAUUUGAAAACAAGGCAAUUAUAUGGUUACAAUGGCUGAAAUAUACAUAUCCACUAAUUUGAAGGCUGUCCACAUACUUUUGUAUAUAUAGUGUACGUGAUUGACAUGUAUAUAAAGUAAAUGUUUCUUGUGAAAUUUAAAGUUGCUUGGUAAAUCUAAUAAGUUAAUGUAUUUAAUGUUUAAUGUUUAAGUUUUAAUGUGUGUAAUUGUCUUCCACUUAGCAUCAUCAGGCCAGGAGAGGUGUUCUGUGAUGUCUGUGACGUCAAAGCUGUGAAGUUCUGUCAGACCUGCACUCUCUCCUACUGUGAGACCCACGUUAGGAAGCACUACACAGUACCUAAACUACAGAGACACACCCUGGUGGAGGUGACUGGAGACCUGGAGGAGAGACUCUGUCAGGAGCACCACAGAGCUCUGGAGGUGUUCUGCAGGACAGACCAGAAGCUGAUCUGCAGUCUGUGUGUAGUAACAGAACACAAAGGACAUGAUGUAGUCUAUGAAGAGAUAAAACAAGCAGGAAGACAGGUAGGUACUCUAUUUUUUGCACCUGAAGAUGCUCUUUAAAGAAGAUAUUGCAUUUGUCAUGAUUUAACUGGAUUUGAACCCAAAUGCAGACAACUACACCGAGCCAGAGAAGGUUUAACAGGUUUUUUUACGAAGUGCAAUUUGUCCAGGUUUCCAAUAAUAGGGGAAGAGCAAGUCCAGGUUUACAGGGAGGGUAACAGAUCCAGGUUCAGAGCAGGUGUGGUACCGUAAUGUCCUAGUGUCCGUGGUGAGUCCAAAAGGGAGGUCCGGUAGUGGAAAGCAGGAUGGUGGUGGCAGGAGUGAAGCGGAGGCAGGAGUCAGGUUCCAAUAAUCUGUGGCACAGGAUAAAAGUAACUAGAACAGGCCAAAAACACAAAGUGCGAAAACAAGCAGGUUGAGUCAACAGCGAAACUAACAUGGUCGUCUUGACUAUGAUCUGACGAUGAGUGGCAAGUUUGACCGGGUCUUAAAGGCUGAGGUGAUUAUGGUGAAUGAGCUGCAGCUGGAACCCUGACUCCCGCACACCAGACUUCACUCCUGGUGGUCUGGUGUGCGGGAGUCAGUGGUCCUCUGUAGCUCAACUGGUAGAGCACGGCGCUUGUAACGCCAAGGUAGUGGGUUCGAUCCCCGGGACCACCCAUACACAAAAAUGUAUGCACGCAUCACUGUAAGUCGCUUUGGAUAAAAGCGUCUGCUAAAUGGCAUAUUAUUAUUAUUAUUAUUACUCCUGCAAUCAAGGACAGACAGAGGGGAGGGGGAGAGCAGAGAGAGAGCUACCUAGCAGCAGUAGGCCUAACAGCAUUUGAUAAUAAUGUUAUAUGUUCUGCAAAGAAACAACUGUUUUUUCAUCAGAAUAAUGGGUUCUUACUCUGUUUUCAAGACUUUUGAUAGAGAGCAAUGUCAAAGCCCAAGGCUGGCCUCCGUUGACGGUAGGUGUACAAUCAAGAAAUACAUUACCUAAACAAUGUAUUUUGAGACCUUUACAUUGUGUUCAACAACAUGCAUACCAUUUUAAGAUCAUUAAAAGAGGAAGAUUAAUUUGUUUAGAUUAAUCAUUCUUAUUCCAUAAUGGUUGUAUGAUUAGUAUGUAGUUUUCUUUUUAGUGUGUGUCAGUGCAAUUAAAGUCAUUUUCUCUUCCAUUAUUUCUUUAGAAGUGCUGCCCCCUCCUGGUGAGAUCCAGUUCCUGUCAGUGACAUCAGACUCUGUGUCUCUGACCUGGGGUCCUCCUGAGGGACUGACCGGACCACAGAAGUUCAGCAUGACCUGGGGAUGUGAUGGGGAAGAGAGGAGCCUGAGUGUGGAAGAUGGGUGUAAUAUUGAAAUAGAUGGACUCCAGCCUGGUAAAAAGUACCAGUUCAGUGUGGCUACAGAGGGAGAAGAUGGCAGCCGAAGCAGAUGGGUCUCAAAAUCUGUAUUUACAGGUAAAGUAACUUGAGUUUGUCUUUGGUUAUUUGCUUCUAGGGAUGUUGCUUUUUCAUGUGAUGUCCAAACAAGACAUUAGCUAUAGGCCAAUCCUAUAUUUCGUUUCAUAAAACAUAUUAUAUGUAUUUUUAGUGGUCCCAGCACCCAGGGACUUACAAAUAAACCAGUCAGGAGCGACUUCCUUCACUGUCAGUUGGUCCAAGGCUGAAGGAAUGGAGAAAGUCCCACAGAGCUUCCUCAUAUCCUACUGCCGUCGAGGAACAGAGCCCCGUGCAGCCAAUACUGAGGACUGCUACAGAACUCUCUCUGGCCUGCUACCUGGUACUCAGUACACCAUCAGUGUCUCAACUGUGUUGAACAAUGGAAAACAGAGCAAACCUCUCUCUACAACCAUCUGUACAAGUAAGGCCUCAUACUGACUCACUUCACUACCGGGGGGCAGAAUUUGACAAAUCCUAACUAAUCUGAACCUUUUUCCUGAAGAGAAGUUGUGUUCUUGUUGCAGCUGUCCAAAAAUAAUUUUUAUGGUCGUCUAAGAAGUUUAGAAUUAUAAUUGUUAGAGCCUAGUGUUAUUAAAUGUAGGUUAGUGUCGUGACGUGAUUUUCAUUAAUGUAAUGACUGUUAUUUAUCGAAUCAAGUAACUAUGUUUAAUUGUUACCCAAUUUAAAUUAAUAAUGUAACAAUUGUCGUGACCUGAUUUACUUUAAUGUAUGACUGUUAUUUAUUUAAUCACCUAACUAUCUUUUAAUUGUCACUCGAUUAAAUGAAUAAUGUAAAAAUUAACUCAUUAGGAAUUUGGGGCACCACGGAAGAAGUUGUUUAACGAGUUACCAUCUCCCGAAUUAAACUCUUAGAAGAUAUAUGUUAUAUCGAUAACAGUCACUUAUUAAAUAAUUACCUCUUAUCAGUCUCAUUCUGAAUGUCACAUAAUCCUUGAACCUGCAAGAACCCUAACCUUAUUGAUGAAUCAGCAAUACACAAAUUUGCUUAAUUAUUUAUUCACUAACCAACUAGAUAAUAACACAAUACAAACACAUACCUAGGUUAUUGAUUACUAACGUAAUACAAUGAAAACAGGUCCCUAGUGGACUGGACUAACAAUAGCAUGAAUGUUUGGGUAGAAGGAGGAUCAGAGUGGAAGGGAGAGACAGAGAUUCAAACUAUCGUGGUUACUUUGGAAACUAUGCUCACAGUAAUCAUAAUACUUAUUCACCCUAAUAACACUCAUUCGGAUUAGAAAUGCAACAUGUAUUUACGUGUUGCUGUCCUCGAUAGUUGAGUUGAUGAUGUAGGACUCUGGCUUGCCCACCAGAGAUCUCAAUGUCCUUGGUAGAGUUUCUGGUCGUAGUGGUGGUUUGAAUGGAUACUUCAGAUGUACCAGCGGUUGUCGGAGAGGGAUUGUCUUUUCCAACUUGUGUCUUUAGUGAAAGUUCUCUAGACGACUAUACAUGCCAGCUGCAGACUGAGAUGAUAAGGUCUAGUGCAUUGUUUUCUUCUUCACCUUGUUGAGAGUUUCAGAGUUUCUCAAUUUCAAACGUGUGGACUAACUUUUCACGUUUUCUGGUCUUUCUAGUCUAACCAUUUUGUAACGUGUAGCUUCACACUUCACGUCUGCUGGUCUGUAGAGUUUCAACCAUUUUAAGAUGUGGGGCUUGCUUGCUGGUCUUCCUUUGGUAAUGGAGUUGUAGUUUUAAACCAUUUUGUAAUGUUUAGCUCACGCUUCACGUUUGCUGGUCUAAAGGAUGAUUUGUUUUUCAAGUAUUUUUAUGCACUCAGGGUAAAAGGGGCGUUCCAUCAUGUUUACACGAUCUCUGAUGUCACUCGGGGCGUGGCUAGUCACUGUGCAUAGUUUAUAUGAAAAACUAUUAUCUCAUUAGAAUACUAAAAUUACAUUCCUAUCUUCACCAAAAUACUCUCAUACUUAAUCAUAUAUGUUAUACAACAUUUAGAUGUAAACUUGAUAGAUAGAAUAUGUACACUUUCCGAGUUACAGUUAUUACUUGAUACCAUCCUUAAUUACAUCACAAAAUAAUAAACAAUAUGACAUGAUUAUUCUUUAGAUCCCCACUGACCAUUUCCCACAUUCUUUUAAGUACGAAUAUUGUUUCAUUAUCCACUUUUGGAUGUUGGAGUCUUGGCGGGAAGACUUCCUUUGUCUCACAGGGAAAUUAUUUCUUCCCAUACUAGAGACCAAAAGGAGUCCUUUUCUGCAGACUAUUUAUGACCGGCUGUUAAGUCAUAAAACUGGCCCUCAGGAAAGGGGGUGUUCAAACCUUUGCCUAGCAGGAAUGUUUGAUCCUCAACCCAUGAGGGCAAGUCAUGACACAAUUAACUCAUUAGGUGUCACGUGCUGAUGUGGAUGUUGUGUUGGAGUCAGGCGCAGGACACAGAAGCUAGUCAAACCGACUUUACUUGUCAAAACACGACAAUACAAAAUAACGGGCCUCAAAACAACGGAGGCGAGCGAUUACGCAUACAGUGCGUCAAUACACUAAAUACAAGCGAUUACGCAUACAGUGCGUCAAUACACUAAAUACAAGAGAGCAAUAACAAAUCACCAACGGACAGGCGGACAACAACACACAACUGCAAACAAAACCAAAGGAAACGUAUAGGUGACAUAAUCAAUACAUAAUGCGAAACAGGUGCACCAACAAGACAAAACCAAACAAACAUAGAGAACAUCAAGCGGUAGCAGCUAGUACUCCGGGGACGACGAAGACUUCGGCAGAAUGGGAGUGGGCUCAAUGGACCUCUCCUCUGUGUCAUACUGCCGGGACAGGGCGUCUGCCUUACCGUUCUGGGACCCUGGGAUGUAAGUGAUCUUAAAAACGAACCGGGUCAGAAACAUGUUCCACCUAGCCUGACGAGGGUUCAAUUUCCUAGCUGCCCGGAUGUACUCCAGGUUACGAUGGUCAGUCAGAAUGAGAAAAGGGUGUUGAGCCCCCUCAAGCCAAUGCCUCCACACCUUUAGGUUUGAACCACGGCUAACAACUCCCUGUCCCAUACGUCAUGAUUACGUUCCGCCGGGCUGAGCUUUUUAGAAUAAAAAGCGCAGGGACGGAGCUUAGGAGGCGUGCCGGAGAGUUGCGACAGUACUGCCCCAAUACCGGCCUCUGACGCGUCCACCUCUACCUGGAACGCUAAAGCGGGGUCCGGGUGCGCCAGCACCGGAGCCGAAGUGAACAGGUCCUUCAGUUUACGAAACGCCCUGUCCGCCUCAGCUGACCACUGCAAACGCACCGGGCCCCCCUUCAGCAGGGAAGUAAUGGGAGCUGCCACCUGUCCAAAACCCCGGAUAAACCUCCGGUAGUAAUUGGCAAAACCCCAAAACUGCUGCACCUCUUUAACAGUGGUUGGGGUUUGCCAGUUACGCACGGCUGACACCCGGUCAAUCUCCAUCUUCACCCCUGACGCGGACAACCAAUGACCCAAGAAGGAGAUGGACUCCUGGAAAAACAGACAUUUCUCUGCCUUGACAUACAAGUCAUGCUCCAACAGCCUACCCAACACUCGGCGCACCAGGGCUACAUGCUCGGCUCGUGUAGCAGAGUACACUAGGAUGUCGUCAAUGUACACUACCACUCCCUGCCCAUGCAGGUCCCAGAAGAUCUCGUCCACAAAUGAUUGGAAGACUGAGGGAGCAUUCAUUAACCCGUAUGGCAUGACAAGAUACUCAUAAUGACCUGAGGUGGUACUAAAUGCCGUCUUCCAUUCAUCCCCCUCCCUAAUGCACACCAAGUUAUAAGCGCUCCUGAGAUCCAGUUUUGUGAAGAAACGCGAUCCGCGUAAUGAUUCAGUCAUACUCGCAAUCAGAGGAAGAGGGUAACUGUAUUUCACAGUGAUCUGAUUGAGACUACGAUAAUCAAUACACGGGCGCAACCCUCCAUCCUUCUUCUUCACAAAAAAGAAACUUGAGGACGCAGGGGAAGUGGAGGGCCGUAUGUAUCCUUGUCUCAGGGACUCAGCUAUGUAUGUCUCCAUAGCCGCCGUCUCCUCCUGAGACAGAGGAUACACAUGGCUCCGCGGGAGUGCCGCACCUGUCUGGAGGUUUAUCGCACAAUCUCCCUGUCUAUGAGGUGGCAAUCGCGUCGCCCUCGUCUUGCUGAACACGAGUGCCAAAUCCUCAUACUCAGGGGGAAUGUGCAUUGCGGGCACUUGGUUCGGACUCUCCACCGUGGUCGCCCCCAACGGAAACACCUAAACAUCGGCCAACACACUGGCCAGACCAUUCCUUGAGAGCCCUCUGUUGCCACGAAAUGGUGGGGUCAUGGGUGAUUAACCAAGGAAGCCCCAGCACCACGGGAUACGCAGGAGAGUCAAUUAGGUACAACUGAAUAAUCUCCUCAUGACCCCCCUGCGUCUUCAUCUUUAGUGGCGCUGUGACCUCCCUAAUCAACCCAGAUCCCAACGGGCGGCUAUCUAGGGCAUGGACAGGAAAGGGUGCAUCAACGGGCAGGAGAAAAAUCCCUAACUUAGAACAAAAUUUCCGAUCAAUAAAAUUCCCAGCUGCGCCUGAAUCGACUAGCGCCUUAUGCUGGGAAUGAGAUGCAACCUGAGGAAAUACCACAGGUAUACACAAAUGAACAACAGAGAGCUCUGGGUGAGUGGGGCGCCUACUCACCUGAAAUGACUCCCCAGUGCGCGACCUGUUGCCCCGAUUCCCUGGAGACCCUCCCCAGCACCUAGCCGCAGUGUGUCCUCCACUGCCACAGCUGGUGCAGGGGACGGCCACCCUCGGGUUCUCUCUCCUUCUCUCUCUAGCGCCAGCACCCCCGAGCUCCAUAGGGCUCGGCUCGGAGGUGGUGGGGGAUGGAAUGGACGUCCGCGGGUGGCCAGCAGGGUAUCCAGACGGAUGGACAUGUCCACUAGCUGGUCGAAGGACAGAUUGGUGUCACUGCAGACCAGCUCUCGACGAACGUCCUCACGCAGGCUACACCAAUAGUGAUGGAUGAGGGCCCUCUCAUUCCACCCUGCAUCCGCCGCUAGAGUCCGGAAAUCCAGGGCGAACUCCUGUGCGCUCCUCUUCCCCUGUCGGAGGUGGAACAGACGCUCCCCCCGCCGCUUUACCCUCAGGAGGGUGAUCGAAAACAGCCCUGAAGCGGCGGGAGAACUCCGCGUAGCUGAUGGUGGCGGCGUCUAUUCCCCUCCAUUCGGCGUUGGCCCACUCCAACGCCUUGCCGGAGAGACAGGAGAUGAGGGCGGAAACGCUCUCGUAUCCCGAGGGCGCCGGGUGUAUGGUGGCCAAGUAGAGUUCCACCUGAAGGAGGAACCCCUGACACCCGGCUGCGGUGCCAUCAUACGCCCUCGGGAGCGAGAGCCGAAUCCCACUGGAUUCCGGAACUGGUCUGGUGGGGCUGGCCGAUGGUGGUGGUAAUGUAGGAGGAGGUGUGGGCACGCCUCCCCUUUCCCAUCAGCGCAGGGUGUUCAUAACCUCCUGCAUGGCGGAGCCAAGUUGCUGGAUCCUGGCGUCCUGGCAGCUGACCCGAUCCUCCAGCGACUCGGUCGCCGCCGCUGCUCCUGCUGACUCCAUAGUAAAGGUGUGUUGUUCUGUCACGUGCUGAUGUGGAUGUGGUGUUGUAGUCAGGCGCAGGACACAGAAGCUAGUCAAACCGACUUUACUUGUUAAAACACGACAAUACAAAAUAACGGGCCUCAAAACAACGGAGGCGAGCGAUUACGCAUACAGUGCGUCAAUACACUAAAUACAAGCGAUUACGCAUACAGUGCGUCAAUACACUAAAUACAAGAGAGCAAUAACAAAUCCCCAACGGACAGGCGGACAACAACACACAACUGCAAACAAAACCAAAGGAAACGUAUAGGUGACAUAAUCAAUACAUAAUGCGAAACAGGUGCACCAACAAGACAAAACCAAACAAACAUAGAGAACAUCAAGCGGUAGCAGCUAGUACUCCGGGGACGACGAAUGCCGAAACCUGCCCGAACAAGGAGGAGGAGCAGUCUCGGCGGAAUUCGUGACAUUAGGAUUUGGGGCACAACGGAAGAAGUUGUUUAUCGAGUUACCAUCUCCCGAAUUAAACUCUAAAGUUCUUUACCUAACAAUAUGUCUAAAACAGUCAACGUAUUAAUCAUUACCUCUUAUCAGUCUCAUUCUGAAUAGUCGUAGACCUCUUGGAUCUGCAAGAACCCCAGCUUUACUUAUGAUUCAGCACUACACAAAUUUUGUUUAAUUAUUUAUAUACUAGCUAACUAAAUAAUAACACAGAAUCACAUACACACUUAAUACAUGAGAAAAAGUCCCUAGCGGACUAACAACAACAUGACUGCUUGGUUAUCAAAAGAGGGAGGGGUAGAAAGAGAGAGGGAGAGAGAGACAAAGAGAGAGUCAAACUUAUUGUUGAUACAUUUGGAAACUACCUUCAAAGUAAUCAUAACACUUUGCUCACAAACCACCGCCCGUUUGGAGUAGGAAAUCAUGAAUGUAUUUAAGUGUUUGCCUUUGUUCGUCGUCUAUCUCUGUUGAAACCAAUCAAACCAACCAGAGGUCACAAUGUCCUUCUUCUUAGUUGUCCUGGCUUGUAGUGGGGUGUUUUCAGAACAGCUACUUAGCUUGUGUGGAUAGUCAGAGUUUGGACCACUUUACACGCACAGCGGCAGCCUGGCAAUGUUCGGGUCUAGUCUGAGAGGCGAUCUUCUUCACCUCGUGUUGAGGUUCAACGUUCUAACCAUUUUCAGCCAUGUUGCCACAGCUCCACGCUUUCUGGUCUGAUGUUAAUUUAUCUUUGAAGCCUUUAUGCAUUCUUGGUAAAAGGGGCGUUCCUACUUGCUGACACGAUCUCUGAGCUCACUCGGGGCGUGGCUACUGACUGGUCCAAAGUUUAUAUGAAAAACAAUUAUCUCAUUAGAAAACUAAAAUCACAUUCCUAUCUUAACAAAAAUACUCUUAUAAUUUUUCAUAUAUCAUAUACAAUGUAAAGGAUGAAAACCUGACACAUACAGUGUGUAUACUUUCCAAGUUACAGUAUUGUCUUGAUACCAUUCUUAAUAACAUCACAAAAUAAUAAACAAUAUGACCUGAUUAUUCAUUAGGUCCCCACUAACCAUUCCCCAUAUUCUUAUCUUAGAAAUAUUGUUCCAGUAUUCACUUUUUGGAUGUUAUAGUUUUGUCUGCAAAAGUAUUCUGGAGACAAUGGACAUUCCUUUACCAAUACUGAAGAGCAAGAGAGAGAUUCCCCUCCUCCCUAAUUUAUGACAGGGUGUGAGGUGUCAAAACCGGCCCAGCCCCCCAUCCCCUCUUCUGUGGGUGAGAGGGGGUCUGGUUAUUGUCAGCCAUUGAAUUCUGAGGCCUUGAAUCCUCACACUAGUGUAAUAGUAGUAGUGAGUAGUGACUCUAACUAGUAGUGGGAUAUUAUCCUUUAGUGGAAUAGUAAUAGUAGAAUGGAAGUCAUUGCUAAAAGGGCUACAUUUGUUUUGACAAGUGAUCAGCUACUAUUAACUAACUAUAUUAAAUCCCUUCCCUAGUUAUCCCUGCCCCGGUAGAGCUUAAUGUGGACUCAGUGAACACCACAUCAGCUGCUGUUAGCUGGAGCCAGCCUCCAGGAUUGGACCAAACCCAACAGCAUUACCAGAUAUCCUACCACUGUCCAGAGACAGAACCACACAUCACUACCACGUCUUCACACAGUAUCACUCUCUCUGACCUGCAACCUGCUACUGAAUACUCAGUCACUGUCUACACUGUGCUGGAAAAUCGGGAGCGAAGUCAACCUAUCGCAACAUCUUUCACCACAAGUAAGUACUUUGAAAACAUAACUCUUCUUUCAUGUUCAUUUCAAGCAUAUCUCUCUGCUACAUGUUCUCUAUAUUCAAAUGAGUUCCCAAAACGUUCCGUUCCAGUCUGUACAAACCUACAUACAAGUAAGUAAUCAAUUGCAGCUUCAAGAUUAAAUGAACUUCAAUAUUUUAGUAAACUCAAACAUUUCCCUUUGUUAUUGCAGAGUUCACACUGAAACUUUUUAUGCAGAAGUUGGGACUGACACAGCAUUUUGAGAAGAAACUGUCGUUGAAUGCCGUGCUUGCAAUCGAUGGCCUAACAUUAGGAAAGAACCAUACUCUAACUCCUCAAUCUCUACCAUGGUGUUUUCUGAAAGAACUGAUGAGGAUGAACGUGUCAGCAAGGGAGGUAAAGUACAUCACCUCUGAUAAGGAGGAUCAUAUGAAGGUUAACCCCCUGGACCUUAUCACAGCCCUGUUUCUGUGUUCAGAUGGUUUCCUCCAGCAGGAGAUGGUCCAGAAAAUGUCAAUGUGUCAGUUUGCUGUUCCUCUCCUGCUGCCAAACUGUGACACAAAACAAAGCACUUUGAUGCUGUGGGCCUUGAGGGACAUAGUGAAGAAGUUCAGGCUGCCUUCACAAGCUGACUCAAAGUCCUUCAUAGAGGAGAGAAUUGUACUCUCUGAUAUUCCUAUGGUGUCCUUUGUUAGGCUAGGAAAGAGCAGCUUGUCCAAGUCUCAGAUUUUGAACAAGUUGCUUAGUAACCCUCAACAGUACCAUGAUACAUUUGUUCAUCAUCAUAUGGAAUGUGGCAAUGUUCCUCGCAGAAUCUCAGAUGGUCUAGUUGAAAUCAGCUGGUACUUUCCAUGUGGGAACAGAAACAUAGACAGGUUCACUAAGCCUGUGGCUGUUGCCAAUCUCAGAGGAGACAUCAGAUCCUUCGAAAAACAGUUCUCCUUUCUGUGUCAAACAUCGGCUGCAGUUUACAUUUUCAGUGAUGAUUUAAAGGCAGAUUCUGAGAUUUUGGAAGAAGACUCAAAAGCAGAGUUAUUUCUGGUUGUUGACUCUCAGAGAAAAACAUUCACAGAAAAUACAUUGAGAAAACUCACCACAGAAUUCUGUAUCAAUGCAACAAAUGUGAUUGUUAAGGAAAAUGAAAAUGAUGCAGAAUUUGUAAAAACCCUGCAGUCAUCUGUUGGUGACAUCACCGAAACAAGUCCAAACACAUUUACAAUUGAAAACAUGGCUGACGUAGCUCGUCAGAGUGGGAUUCUUGUUGAUGAAGACUUCGAUGAGUGUCAGAGUGCCAAGAAGAAUGCAGAUCAAAUCACCAGCAACAUCGAAAACACUGUGAAAUUCAAAGACAAGCAACUACCCUUACAAGGGAAAGUCUGGAAAGACAUUUCCCAGUUGGAGAAAGAGAGAUGUAGACUGAGAAAAGCAGGGGGUCAAGAAAUUGAACACUACAAGAGCUCUCUGAAGAAAAAGGAGAAAGAGCUGAGAGAGAAGCAACAAAGAUUUGAUAUGACAGAAGCAAUCAAAAACUUCAGAAUUGGAAUGUCAAGAAAAGCUGAGCAAUCCCAUUUCCUCAAAUGGAUGCAGAUUAAUUUGGACAAUCUGUCUCGGCAGAACUUGUCUGGUUUGCGGAAGCAGUACAAAGAGCUUUGCAAAAAGCAUCCAGAGAAAAAAGACAUUGCAGAUUUGGAUAGGCAAAUGUCUGAUUGUUCCUUGGGACUUGAACAUUUCUUUCGUGAGUUGGGCCAGCUGUAUGAAGCCUCCUGCUCCCUCCCUGAAGACAGCCCUCAAAGGACAGAGAUGGAUCAGUUCCCUGGAUUGUGUGCUCAGAUGCUGUUGGACGGUUUCCCCAUUGAGCUUGUGGAUGGAGAUGCAUCAAAUAUCCCUCUGAAAUGGAUAUCAGCUGUUCUAACUCAGCUUCAUACUCUUGUCCAAUCCAACAGCAAGAUCCGGGUGGUCACAGUUUUAGGGGUCCAAAGCACUGGGAAGUCCACUCUCCUCAACACCAUGUUUGGGGUCCAGUUUGCUGUCAGCAGUGGAAGAUGCACCAGAGGGGCCUUCAUGCUACUGAUAAAAGUCAACAAAGAACUCAAGGAGGAACUGAAAUGUGACUUCAUCAUGAUCAUUGACACAGAGGGGUUGAAAUCACCAGAGUUGGCUCAACUAGAUGAUAGCCAUGAACAUGACAAUGAACUGGCAACACUGGUGAUAGGACUCAGUGAUGUCACUAUUAUCAACAUGGCCAUGGAGAACUCCACAGAGAUGAAAGACAUUCUACAGAUUGUGGUUCAUGCUUUUAUCAGGAUGAAGGAAGUAGGGAAGAAGCCAGUAUGUCAUUUUGUGCACCAGAAUGUAUCAGACAUGUCUGCUCAUGACAACAACAUGAGGGACAGGAAGAAGUUGUUGGAACAGUUGGAUGAAAUGACCCAGGCAGCAGCCAGAAUGGAGAUGAAGGAGAAUAUCACCAAGUUCACUGACGUGAUGGAGUAUGAUCCAGACACAAGCAGCUGCUACAUCCCAGGACUCUGGCAUGGGACUCCACCUAUGGCUCCAGUCAAUGCUGGAUACAGUGACGCUGUGUAUGACUUCAAGAAUAGGUUGAUGCAAGAUUUCAGACAAUGUCAGAGUAAUGAUGACAUGACACAUUUCCUGAAGUGGACACAAAGCUUGUGGGAGGCAGUGAAAUUUGAGAAGUUCAUCUUCAGUUUCAGAAACAGCUUGGUUGCAGAUGCAUACUCCAGAUUAUGCACUGAGUACAAUGGUUGGGAAUGGGCCUUCCAGAAGGAGAUGUAUUCCUGGAUUGUAAGUUCUGAAACCAAAAUAUCAAAUUUUGGCAUAACCGAUCCAAAUCCCCAAAUGACCAUAAGAAAUGUGCUGAAGGAAUUGCUGGGUGACGCAUCUGAGAAGCUGUCAGUUGGAGAAAGGGAAAUCCAAGACAAUAUAGUAAAAUACUUUGAAAGGAAAGAUGGCCAUGUCAAUCUGGUGGAAAAAUACAGGGAGGACUUUGUGUCCAGUGCAAAAACACUGAGACGAGAGACACAAAACACAGUGAGUAACACUGUACGUGGAGCUGUUGAAAUCAAAGAGGGAAUGGCCAAACUGGAUGACAUCAAGAGUUCACAGGCAAAUACAAUGGAGAAGAAGGUACUGGCUUUGCUGCAGACCUGUAGACAGAGAAAAUCUGAUUUAUCAGAACAGGACCUCAUAGAAGAGUUUGAAAGUAUGUGGGAGGAAACUCUAUCUGAGAUCAACUUUAGCGGACUGCCAAAGAGAGAUGUCGCUCAGGAUGCCUUCGUCAUGUUACGUGAUAAUUUAUCAAGAAGGGGCAGUCAUGUAAAUAAAAUGUUGGUUGGAAGCAGUUUGGUGGAUUGUGGGAAGACAGACUUUGUCGUGAAAUCAGUUAAGGGGUUGCAGAAGGCUAAAGGCUUUGCAAAGCACUUGGAUACUGACCAUUACAGGAAAAAACUACAAGUCUUCUGUAACAACAUCAUAACACAGUGUCAGGAGUUUAUAAGCCAGAAGGUGAAAAGUAAAACAGAUUACCAUGACACCUACAUCAAAGAACUGCUGAACAGGUGUGAUGAAAGAUUCAAACAAGACAAGAAUCGUGAAGUUAGUGAGGAGUGUGAGAUUUCUCUGAAGCUACACAUCUGUGGCAUAGCAGCCACAGAGUUCCAGAAUAUGCAUGAUGAUUUCAUUGCAGUCAAUGAUCCAAGGAAGUGUCUGGAACAGUCUAAGAGCAAGUACCUUACUGAUUUCAAAGACUUAUUUCGUAACCAAGACCAGUGCCUAAAGAAAGCUGAGGAGUUCUUAAAGCUCUUACAGCCAGCUGUACAGGACUAUGUGACCAAAAGGAUUGGUCCUGAUGUAGUUGAUGAAGUGAAGAAAGGUAAAGGAUCACAGGAUUACAGCACACGGAUCGCCUUCCAGUUCUCCAUUUUGAAACAACUCCUGACAGAUGGAGAAUAUGAGAAAUAUAAAAGGUACAUAAAGGAUUAUGACAGGUUUGUGAAGGACUGGCUGUUUGAUCAGAUUGUCCAACAACUCUCAGAUGAGAGCAGUCUGAAAAAAUUGGAGAAUAAACAUCUUUCAGAGAUAGUCAAGAUGAUCACUGAUGCAGUUUCUAACAUCAGAAAAACACAUAGCACUAUAAAAGAUAUCAAGACUUUCAUUCAGAACAUCUGCAGUGCCCUUGGAGAGAAGCUUGUCUUUCCAAAGGAUGCUCUGGAUUCCAUUAUGAUUCUGAACAAUGCAAACACAGAACAGUUUGCUGACUACCUCACAGAGUUUGUUAGAGAAAUGGAGAAGUCAGUGGCAUCAGAGUAUGACCAGAGGACUGACAUCAGAAAGAGACUCAGAUCUCUGCCAUUCAAGCCCCAGGACAUUAUGUUCACCAGUCAGUUUGGCUGUGGGGAGCAAUGUCCCUUCUGCAGUGCACCCUGUGAAGCAGGGGGGAAGGAGCAUGCCAAACACUUUUCCUCCAUUCACCGUCCACAAGGAGUCAGUGGUUGGAGGAAUUCAACGACAAGGGUGUUAGUAACUGGCAUAUGUUCAUCCUCUGUGAUUAGUGACCUCAGAUUCAAGACCACCCUGACAGGAGACAAAUAUCACCCCUUCAAGGACUACCAGACAUAUUACCCUCACUGGACCAUAACUGGAGAUCCCAGCAUCAAGGCUUCAGACUACUGGAAGUAUGUGAUGGCCACAUUCAAUGAGAUAAUUGCUAGAGACACAAAUGCACUCCCUGCUGAUAUCCCAGAGGACUGGAAGGCAUUAAAAAGUGAUGACGCAUUGAAGAGCUUGAAAAACGCAUUCAACAUGAAAUAA